AUGGGCAAGAUCCUGAAAGCGUCAUUAUUAGUCUUAACCCUUCACCUAGCCUGGGUGAGUGGCCAGCAGGAGAGACCUGACCAGCAGCAGGUUAGACAAAGCCCACAAUCUCUGUCAGUCUUGGAAGGAGGGACUUCAGUUCUAAACUGCACUUAUGAGAACAGCGCAUUUAACUACUUCCCAUGGUACCGGCAGUUCCAUGGUGAAGGCCCUGCAUUACUGAUAGACAUACAUUCAGUGUCAAACAAAAAGGAAGAUGAAAGAUUCACAGUCUUCUUCAGUAAAAGUAAUAAACAGCUUUCCUUGCAUAUCAGAGAUUCUCAGCCUGGAGACUCAGCCACCUACUUCUGUGCAGCAAGUACACAGUGCUCUCCAGGCACCUGCAGCCCACACCCAAACCUGCAGUGGAGGCUCCAGCAAACCCCUACUGUGUGGUUUGAGUCUGGCAAAGGUGCAGAGGAGUUUUCCUUUGCAGAAAAUGCCUGGUGGCUCAGAUCCAAUUUGGGCCAGAAAGUGACUCAGCUACAAUCAACCAUAACCACGCAGGAGGAAAAAGAAGUCACCAUAGAUUGUUCAUAUGAAACAAGUUGGAGCUUAUACUAUCUUUAUUGGUACAAGCAGCUUCUUAGUGGAGAAAUGAUUUAUCUUCUUCGCCAAAUUUCUUCUUCCACUCGGACUGAGAAGAGCAACCGCUACUCUAUCACCUUCAAGAGAUCAGCCAAGUCCAUCAGCCUUGUCAUUUCAGCCUCACAAGUGGAAGAUUCAGGGAAGUAUUACUGUGCACUCUGGGAACAUACUCACAGUGUUUGA